UUAAACAUGGAAAACUGAAAUUACAUUAAGAAGUCACCAGAAGUUGAGUUGGAAAUACCUUCGCGCUUAAAGAGUGCCUCAAAGAACAAAUUUAGUGAAGAUAAGAAUUUAGAAAAAGACUUAGCCCCUAAAUAUCCAUUGUUCUAUGAUUAUGACCCCAAUGACCAGUGAAAGAAAACAUUACAGGAGCUAUAUACUACUGCGAGAAGGUGUCAGAUCAUUCUCAAGGAGUACCAGUCAUGCCAUUCUGGCUCCUAUCCUCUCAGCCUGCACCAAAUCUCUAGGCUAAUUUCACAAAUUGUUUCUACAUCCAAAAAUAACCAGUUCUGGAUACAGUACAGGUGAUAUCAUAAAGAAGACGUAAUAAUUAUAAAUGCAUUCAACCAUCUUUGGUCACAAAUCGAUGAACUCAAACAGGAGCUAAGCCUUAUACAUGAAGUUACUGAGAAUCAGCAAAGAAAGGAGGUGACUCUAAAGAAGGGCCAUAAGGAAAUGGGUGAGAAGCAAGGAGGGCAACUGACGACCAAAACCCUCCAAGACAUUCCUUGUAUAUUUCUUGAAAGAAGCCAAGAAGCUGCCAGUUUAAACUUAGUUCUCACUUUCGAGGCUCUUUACAGGUUGAGCUGUAAUGGACUCAGUCAGAAAAUUUAUCAUGACUCAUAUGAAAAUACCAUUGACUGUAAUAUUAGUGAUUGGUAUUAUUUUUCACAAGAGCCAGGUCUUUCAUUAGAGUUCGAUUACACAAAUCCUGAAAGAUGUGUCUACGCCAAAAAGGUGAGCAAGGUCACUCUGCCUUAUUUCGAAAGUGUCAUUGUCAAUACAGAUUCUAAAUCCUUAAAGCUAUUCCAUAAAUGUGUGGCUCAUUUUUCACCUUGCAGCAAUGUGAAGGCUCUAGAAAUUUUAGCCUUGGAAUUAACCGAUAUUGCCCUCUAUUUACCGCAAAUUGUUAAGAUAUGUGCUCGUGUUCAGAAGAAAGUCUGCCUUUGAAAGUUUAACUUAAAUGAAACCCAAUUUAAAAAGUUCCUCAUGGGGUGCAGACACCUUGAGGAAGUAAAAUUUACAUUGUGCAAAUUUGAUAUUCCUAGAGUGCCUGACUUGAGCACGUGAAUGAAAGGAACAGUUAUUAAGAAAAUUUGUUUAUGGACUUGAAUUCGACAAAAUGAGUGGAGAAAAUUCCCAGAAAAGUUAGAAACUUUGGUAAAUGCAAUUUCUGCUGGUGACCUUAAAGAGUCCCUCAAAGAAGUAGAAUUUGAAGAUACCUUAUCUGAAUAUUUUGUGAAUUGGAUCUUUGAGAAAUAUGGUCUUGGCCAUAUUUUAAAUUUAGGAUAA